CAAACAUUGCUGGAGCAGUGGGAGCGAGAGGCCAAAGGACGUGUCGACGUUUGUUGACGCACCUUUCCCGCCUUCCCUUCUGGGCCCAAAACCGGGGGAAGCAAACAGCACGCACGUACCCGCACAGUUGAGUGCACAGCUAUUUGGGUACCGGCAAGAGCGUCGGCUGUACAGUGCUCCAUCCACUCCUGUGCUUCGAGUCCUCCGCCUAGUCUCCACAAAUCAACAGCAAAGAGCGCAGCCAAAAGCAACCUCCGCAAGGCGCUCGCUCAAUCUCUUGUCUCUCUUGCAUUCCUUGUCCGAUCCCGUCAGCCAACCGGCACCUAUUCCUAGAUCAAAACACCUCCUCGACCGACCUGUUUUGCGUUCCUGUAUCUGAGCCUCUUCUCCAACAUGAAGAGCCUGUAACAGCCCGGUCCCUCGCCCGCCAGCCAUGAUAUAGAUCAAAGGCAAGCCGAAUCCUCACCCGCUCGCUUUCAGCCCCCAAGUCCCGCGCGACAACGACGGGCACCGUCCCUCGCUCGUGAUGCAGCCGGUCUGCGCGUCUGCCUUCCCGACCUUGCCUGCGCCACCCGUCCCAACCGAAGUCGCCGUCCCCCAAGGGGCUGCAAAGGCCAGCAUGCUGUCCGACAGCACGACGCCCAAGCCGAAACGGACACCUCUGCCGUCCUCAUCGCCGCUCUCUUCUGUCGUUGCUUCGUCUGUCGGCACGCCUUCGUCUCCACUCUCUGUCCUCUCCAAUUCGCCGUCCCUGCCAUCAUCACCACCUCAGUUUGACGCGUCAAUGAGGUAUCCCUCACCAAGCUCUACCGACACGACCCCUUCGGGAUGCGCCUCUCCGUCGAAGCCCCAGGAUCCUCCACGGCGUCGCCCAUUGCCGUCGUCGUCGACACGGUCCGUCCAGCAACAGAUCUACGCUCGUACCGAUGGCCCACCGCCAGCCAAACGCCGCAAGGUCCAACCCUCUACGUCCAAGGAACCGCGUGUUCGCACCACCGAGUACCUCGACCUAGAAAAGACCAGCGAGAACCCUGAACAAGAAGAGUUACUUACGCGCCUUAUGACGGCAUUGCGGAAAAAGAAACGCAUCGUUGUAAUCGCGGGUGCUGGUAUCUCCGUUUCCGCCGGCAUACCCGACUUCCGAUCUUCAAACGGGCUCUUCACCACGCUGCGAGGGCAGCACAAGCUAAAAUCGUCUGGCAAGCAGCUCUUUGACGUUUCUGUGUACAAGGAUGACUUUUCCACGUCGGCUUUCCACAAAAUGCUCAAGGAGCUGGCCACCAUAACCGAGCGUGCGCAGCCCACACCGUUCCACCACAUGCUCGCCUCCAUGGCCCAAGAGGGCCGGCUGAUGCGGCUGUACACGCAAAAUAUCGAUUGCCUCGACACGGAUAUGGAGCCGCUGAAGACCGAAGUUCCACUCGCACACAAGGCGCCUUGGCCAAAGACCAUUCAGCUGCACGGAGGCUUGCAACAUAUGGUCUGUACCAAGUGCGGCCGCCUCCAGGACUUCGACCACAGGCGCUUCGAUGGCCCUAAACCCCCAUCGUGCCCGAUAUGUGAGGCCAACGACCAGGCCCGUGUCGCCUGCCAGAUGCGCAGCCACGGAAUCGGUCGCCUGCGGCCCCGCAUCGUUCUGUACAACGAGUACAAUCCCGAUGCCGACGCUAUCGGCGAAGUGUCAAGUGCAGACCUGCGCCGUAUCCCCGACGCCGUCAUCGUGGUAGGGACGACUUUGAAGAUCCCUGGCGUCCGCCGCUUGGUCCGCGAGAUGUGCAAGGGCACGCGCAGCCGCCGCGAUGGCUUCACCGCCUGGAUUAAUGUCGAUGGUGAGCCUCAGGAUUUCAAGGACUGCUGGGACCUUGUGGUCAAAGCUCGGUGCGACGACGUGGCAGAGCUCGUGAAUCUGCCCCGCUGGGAUCAGAUGCAAGAGACGCCCGAGAGCGACAAGUCCUGGGAAGUCACGGCCGAUGUCGAGGACGCGAGGCAGCAACGCCACUCCAAGGGCCCUGUUGUCAACAUUCCCCCAUCAGUCUCGGAUACAGCUGUGGCUUCGUCGGCACUAUCGGACGCCAAGUCUAGGCUGGUUGACCAGGGUAUUCCCACUCCUAACGCAAGCCCACGUCUUGAGAAUGCGCGGCCCCCGUCGAAGCUUCCCACGGCGUCCUCUCGCGCGAAACAGAGCACGCUCAAAUUUGGUGAUCGGAAAAGGGGUAGGCAAGAGGAAACGGACAGCAACACCGCCGCUAAGAAGCCAGCCGCCAAGACCAAGAAGCCCAGGCAACCUACCAAGGGUGCCGCCAAGAAGGGGGGCAAGCUUGCCGCUGCUGAUCUCACCAAGGCGUUCAAGGCCACCAAGGCGCGGUCGGCGAUUGCCCUUGCGGCCGAGAAGAAGGCCAUGGCACUUGUGGUGCCCAAACAAGUCCGCCAGCCCCCAUCCCCAGACCUCUCAUCGCUCAUGCACUUCACUGAGGACGAACCGCAGCUCCCCUCGCUCCGACCAGGGAGGCCACCCAAGCUCGCUCCGGCACCCAUCGUGACAAUGGCAAGUCCCCGCCCAAGUAGCUCGUCAUCAGACCUCGGGGACGACGAUCGCCGCCUGGAAAGCCUGGGCUCAAUCGAAACCAUCUCGCCCAAAUCCAAGCCACGUCUAAUGGCCCACUUGAUUGACUAGAAGAUGGACAUGUAAUCGGCGUGGAAAAGAGCAACUUCCACUGUUAAUAAACAUGACCCUUUUGUUGAUUCUGAUCGCUUCACUUUUACCUUUUUACCUACUUUCUUCUUUUUUUUGCUUUUCUUCCCUCCCUUUGCUUUCUUUCUGGCUACAUGCUCUGCUCCCAGAGCCACACAGGCCACGAAUUAGACGGAUGUGCAUGGCGAUUAUAGAGAGUCUUUCAAGGCCCAGGUGUCGGCGAAACAGGUGUAAACAUGGCUGCGUUAAAACAAUGGAAGAAUCAAGUCGUAUCUGUGCGACCAGUUCAGUUAGUUGCCUGUGAUACUUGCUCAGGAUGUAGGGUGGCAUGGCAUAAUUCAAGUGAGAACAUAUCUGAUUCAUCGCUCCCAGUUGUAUUUAUUUGUGAUCCCGUCAACGCCCCAGCAACCCAGAAAAUCAAAGCUUUUCAGCGAAC